AUGGCACCGUGCUAUUGAGUAUUGCUUGCCUAGUAUUUUUUUGUAGCGUAUUGCUGCUGUCGUCGAUAACUCGAUGCGAUCUCGGGGCGUGUUCUUCGUAACUAUAAAGUAAAAGAAACAGACCGGUUAACCUAACUAACAGGAUACAUGAAAACAAACCUCAUUAUUUAGGAGCAUACAAUAAUUAUUAGGAUACGGACGUAACUAUUAUACAAGUCGUCACACCCCUGUGAAAGAUCGGUAUUCUGUGGUCAGUUGCGUGUUCGUUGAAAGAGUUGUGGUAUCUGUGAGAACUCCUAUGUGCGUUUAUUAAAUGGUUCAUGAAAUCUAAUGUUGUGCAGUGUUAAGUUUUCUGUGUGAUCUCGCGUUGUUCAUUGAUGGGCGGCUUAUUGCACGGAGAGACGGCGGCAGUUCGGCCGCAAAGGCGGAUAACAGCUUCCUGGAGGGUCUAUAAUAAAAUCCGCCACACUGGAACUGAUGGAAUUAGAAAAUAUUGUAGCCAACACUGUCUACUUGAAAGCCAGAGAGGGUGGUUCCGAUAGCAACAAGGGCAAGAGUAAGAAGUGGCGGAAGAUCCUCCAGUUUCCACACAUAUCGCAAUGCUUAGAUAUAAAGACAAGAAUAGAUAUAAACUACGACUACAUAGUGGACCAGCAGCCGAUCGGCAAGCUGCUGUUCCGUCAGUUCUGCGAGAAGAACCGACCCCACUACCACAAGUACAACAGCUUCCUUGAUGCGCGCCCCGACGUUAUUCAGGCGGAGCGGUAUGAAGUCGAGGUGGACGAGGGGCGGGUGGCGCUCGCCUCUGAGGUGUUCAGCCACUACCUGAAGGCGGAAGACGGGGAGGCGGUCACGGAUGUGGUGCCGGCCGCUGUUAUUGAAGACGCGAGUGCGUUGCUUGAAGGCGGCUCAAAGGACAUAUUCAGCGAGUGCAUACGAUGCGUGAAGAACUUUCUAGCGGGCACGCCGUUCGCGGAGUUCGAACGGUCGAUGUACUUCCAUCGAUACUUGCAGUGGAAGUGGUUGGAGGCGCAGCCGGUCACGCAGAACACGUUUCGGAUGUACCGUGUGCUUGGGAAGGGUGGUUUUGGGGAGGUCUGCGCUUGUCAGGUGCGAGCGACGGGCAAGAUGUACGCGUGCAAGAAACUCGAAAAGAAGCGUAUCAAGAAACGCAAGGGCGAAGCAAUGGUGCUGAUUGAGAAGCAGAUCUUGCAGCGGAUUAACUCACGUUUCGUUGUGAACCUUGCGUACGCGUACGAGACGAAAGAUGCGCUGUGUCUCGUGUUGACUAUUAUGAAUGGCGGUGACCUAAAGUUCCAUAUAUACAACAUGUGCGGUGCGGAGAGCGGGCUCGGCCUCGAGCGGGCGCGGUUCUACGCGGCGCAGGUUGCUUGUGGCCUGGAGCAUUUGCACAAGAUGGGGAUUGUAUACCGUGACUGCAAACCAGAGAACAUUCUGCUGGACGACGCGGGCCACGUGCGCAUAUCGGACCUCGGUCUAGCUGUGGACGUGCCCGAGGGCGGGUCCGUGCGGGGGCGGGUCGGAACUGUGGGGUACAUGGCGCCUGAGGUGAUAGAUAACGAACGCUACACGUUCAGCCCGGACUGGUUUUCCUUCGGGUGUCUCGUGUACGAAAUGAUCGAAGGCAGAGCGCCAUUUCGUGCGAGGAAAGAGAAAGUUAAGAGAGAGGAAGUGGACAGGAGAGUGAAGCACGAGCCAGAGAAGUACUCGAGCAAGUUCAGCGAGUGCGCUCGUUCACUGUGCGGCGCGCUACUGGCCAAGAGCGCUGGCGCGCGGCUCGGGGGCGGGGCGGGGCGGAGAGGGGCGGCCUGUGUGAAGGCGCACCGCUUCUUCGCGAGACUCAACUGGGCGCGCCUCGAGGCCGGCAUGGUGGACGCGCCCUUCGUGCCCGACCCGCACGCGGUAUACGCAAAAGACGUACUCGAUAUAGAGCAGUUCUCGACGGUGAAGGGCGUGAACUUGGACGCGGGCGACGACACGUUCUACGGCAAGUUCAACACGGGCUCCGUGUCCAUACCGUGGCAGAGCGAGAUGAUAGAGACCGGCUGCUUCGCGGAGCUCAACGUGUUCGCUAAAGACGAGAACGGCACGGAGAUGCGCAGUACGGACCUGCAGUUGGACGCGGUGCCCGAUACAACCGCGGAGGACACGGGCUGCUUCCAUUUCGCCGCUAAGGUGCUGUGCCCCCAGAAGAAGGUGUCGGGGAGGCUGCGGCCGGUGGCGGUGCCGGCGCACCUGCUGCAGCCCGCCUCGCCGCCGCCCGACGCCAGCUGACCGCCGCACAUGGAGAAUAACGCACAUUUUCAUUUUGCGUAAAAAAUACAUUUGUUGGUAUGCACUGUGACAUUAAAACGAGCCUUUUUUUUUGAACCUUUAUUUAUAGAAUUUAAUCCUCUACAUUUCCAGUUAGUUUUCAUAUUUAAUCUGUGGAGUAAUUGAUUCGAAAUUAGAAAAAAAAAUGUUUUAAAAUUAGAAUUUUAUUUCUUUAGCCGUUUUUUGUCACAGUCGUACAAAGCAUUAUACGUAAUACAAACUGAACAAGUGAAAAUCGCCACUAUUACUAUCUAAAUAAGCGUUACAAUUAUCUAGCAAAUGUUACCUCUGUAUGUGUUAAAAGUAUUUUUUUUAAUCUGUUUCAUUUCGUUUAUUUUUUUAAAAUAAAACAAUGUGUCAAUUAUUAUUUUUACAAAAGUAUAGCACAAAAUAAUGAUUCAAAAGGUUAAUGAGAUUUGGUGUUAUUAUAGGUUGUUUAUAUUGUAUAAUUAGUCAAAAAGGAAAUAGUAUACGCACAGAUAGAACAAUUUUUUCUUUUUUUUUUUCAAUGGUGGAAUUGGUUUUGGCGGUAAUUUUUUUAAUCGCCUGCAAAUCUUUAGAUUACGACAUGAUAACAGAUCUUUAGAUUACGACAUGCGAAAUAUGGGUAGGAAUGUAGAUAAGUUUUAUUUUUUUAAUUACGUACGUGUACAAAAAUGGUAUUUUGUUUUAAAAAAUAAUUCAGUUCGAUGUUUGAACA